CUAGGUCCUUUAGCGAAGUAUAACAUCCCUUCUUUCAUUUUCUGAAAUAUACUUCGUCAGUGGGAGUUAAAGAAUAGCUGUCGGUAUGUCUGGAAGAGGAAAGGGUGGUAAAGGUUUGGGAAAAGGAGGCGCAAAGCGUCACCGUAAAGUUCUUCGUGAUAACAUCCAGGGAAUUACUAAACCCGCAAUUCGUCGUCUUGCUCGCCGUGGCGGUGUCAAGCGUAUUUCCGGGUUGAUCUAUGAGGAGACCCGUGGUGUGUUGAAGGUGUUUCUGGAGAACGUUAUUCGUGAUGCUGUGACUUACACUGAACACGCUAAAAGAAAGACCGUUACCGCCAUGGAUGUUGUAUAUGCUCUGAAACGACAGGGACGCACUCUGUACGGAUUCGGAGGUUAAAAUAUUUGUAAACAAAACAAAACCCCAACGGCUCUUUUAAGAGCCACCCACCUUUUCACACAAAGAGCGAGUUUCUGGAUGGUAAAACAAUUUUUUUGUAACUAUAGGCUGUUUGGAAUGGUUGACUAAAAACAGCUAAUUAUUCGUUUUAUAAACAAAAGACUAUUAUCAUUUUUUUUUUUUUUUUUUUGUGGUCGUUGUUCAAACGUAGUGAUGUAACUA